AUGGCAGCUCUUCGAGCACUGGUUGACCGGUCAGCUCAGCAGCCGCCAUUGGAUGGCAAACACGAUGCGUUCUUCUACGGCACACUGAGUGAGUAACGAAGCUUCGCUUCGAGUCUAUCUGCGGUAGCCUCACGUGUUGACCUCUUCUCACGUCUGUUGCGACCAGUUCAUCCCGCUGUGCUUAGACGGAUCAUAGGUCGAGCGUGUGACCUGCCCGUUUCCCUCGCCAUACUUCCCGGCUACACGGCUCAAAGGGUGCAUCAUGCCGAGUACCCAGCCCUAGUGUCUUUGCCCGACUUACCAGACCUGCUCGCCAAAAGCAACAGGAACUCGCACAGCUACACCAGAGGCGUCUUGGUCAAGGGUCUCAGCGCUGCCGAUGUACUAGCACUGGACACUUUUGAGGGAGACGAGUACGCGAGAACGGCCGUGGAGCUUAUAGACCUGGGAAACCCUCAAGCCAAUGACGAGCGACUUCUGGAAUCCUUGCCGACUCUGUUCGAGCAUCUGACUUCCGAGAGAGUCAUACCACUCAUCGCCCAGCAUCGAGAAGCUGUGAGGAAUGUGAGAAAUGGCUCCGCACAGAGGGCUGAAAGUGUGCCAGCGAUAGGGACGAUGACUGUUGCGCACACGUACGUGUGGAGGGGCGACCCGGCUAGCGAGACUGCUUGGGAGUGGCAGACCUUUGUGAAGCAACACGCCCAUCGCUGGGUCAGUGGCGAACGAAAUUGA